AUGAAGGCCUCUCUCAUUACUCUCGGUGCUUUCCUCGGCCUGGUCUCCGCCCAGAACGCCGUCGUGCACAAUCACUGUGCCACAACCGUCUAUGUGCAGUCGUUCCCCUACGGUGGUAGCGGCCCAGGCACUCUUACCACCGUGCCCAAGGGUGGAACUUUCUCCGAGAAGUUCAGAACAUCUGGCUCGACCAUCAAAAUCGCCAAGACCAAGACCCUGGACAAGCCUCUCUUCUUUGGCUACUCCUUCUCCUCAAACCCAGACUACGCAUACUACGAGCUGAGCUCAGAAUGGGGUAACCCCUUCGCAGCGAACCCCAACUCGCUCAGCCCCGGCGAGGGUUGUGAGGUCUUCGACUGUGCUGCCAACGAUGCUUCCUGCUACAGCACCCCUGCUCAUAAGAAGGUCUACGGCUGCCCUCAGCCAGUUACUCUGACCGCGGACCUGUGCCAGUAA